AUGUCAAAACAAUUCGACCCCGAGGCGAUAUCCAACUUCCUCGCUGAGCAGCGAGACGAAGCGCCAGCCGAACUCCAACAUAUCUUUCUCACAUUCGAGGAUCUCUGGGAGCGGAAACUAUGGCAUCAACUGACGGAUACCCUGUUGGAGUACUUCUCCAACCCAGAAACCGCCGCUCAAAGAUUACCCAUCUACAACACUUUCAUCACCAGUUUCGCCGACAAGAUUAACCAGCUCAAGCUGGUGAAGCUGGCCUUGAGUGCUUCCGCACAGAUCAAAGAUGACACUGAACGAAGUCAAUUCCUCAAGACCCUCGCAGACAGAGUAGACAAGCCGGAUUCGGAAGAAGGAUUUGUCUACACCAUUACUGAACUCGCCAGCGUUUAUCUAAGCUUGGGCGAGGCGUCAAAGGCGAGAGAGCAGCUGGAUAAGGCUCAAAAGACACUGGACCAAUUCGACUUCGUGGAGAAUGUCGUUCAUGCCGCCUUUUAUCGCAUCAAUGCCGACUAUUUCCAAGCUCAAGGCGACUACACCUCCUAUUAUAGAAACUCCCUGCUCUACCUUGCUUGUAUAGAAGAGUCGGAGUUAUCACCUGAGCAACAACAACAGAGAGCGUACGAUCUGGCUAUUGCCGCGCUGGUGUCCGAUACCAUCUACAAUUUCGGAGAACUGCUAUUGCAUCCCAUCCUCGAUGUCCUCAAACCUCCGCACCCGAACUCGUGGCUGCGGGAGCUUCUCUUUGCAUUCAACCGAGGAGACCUUGCUACCUUUGACCGCAUGUCGAAUAACCUCAGCAAGGACCAGAACCUAGACUCACAUCGGCUUUUCCUGUGGCAAAAGAUCAACCUUGCAGCAUUGACAGAACUCGUGUUCAAACGUCCGCCUCACGACCGUGCAAUGACUUUCAAGACUAUCAGCCAAGAAACUAAGGUCAAGCCUGACGAAAUCGAACAUUUGAUCAUGAAAGCCUUGAGCUUAGGGUUGUUGAGGGGGAAGAUCGAUCAGGUCGCCGGCAUUGCGAAAAUCAACUGGGUGCAGCCUAAAGUACUAGAGCGAAGCCAGAUCGAAGGCAUGAGAACCCGGCUGAAGGAGUGGGAUAGCAAUGUCAACGAGCUGGGUCAUUGGAUAGAGGGUGUUGGUAAAGAUGUGUGGGCGGCUUGA